UCUUAAAGACUGGAAAUGAAAGUCGGCGCGACCGUUUAACUAAACAUAACAACGCAAACAAUCAAAGUAAAAAAAAGCAACAAAAAAAACAAAUUGCCUCCAGACGAUCGAUUGGUCCAGCUCAUCCAGAGGACAUGGAAGUGCCGUUGUCAAGAUCCAGUUAUGAUGACUGCAAAGGGACUGCCGACUGGCUGCUGUCCCGCAUCAAGGACAAGCCCCGAGUUGCCAUCAUUUGUGGGUCAGGCCUGGGCGAUUUGGCUGACUUAAUAGAGGAUAAAAUGGUUUUCCCAUAUAAGGACAUCCCGGGUUUCCCAACUAGCACUGUGGUAGGUCAUGCCGGACAACUGGUUUUCGGGAAGCUCCAGGGCCGGGAGUGUGUCUGCAUGCAGGGUCGAUUCCACUUCUACGAAGGCCACAGCCUACACAGUGUGACGUUCCCUGUGCGAGUCUUCUCCCUGCUGGGUGUGGAAACUCUGAUUGUGACAAAUGCAGCAGGUGGACUCAAUGGCAGCUACAAUGUGGGGGAUAUUAUGGUCAUUAAAGAUCAUAUCAACUUGCCCGGUUUUGCUGGCCAGAGCCCAUUGGUUGGGCACAAUGAAGACAGGUUUGGAGUGCGUUUCCCUUCCAUGUCAGAUGCCUAUGACCGGAACCUGAGGGCUUUGGCCAUUCGGACAGGACAAGAACAGAAAUGUGGCAGUUUCAUGCAGGAAGGCGUUUACUGUAUGGUAGCUGGACCAUCAUUUGAGACCAUCGCGGAGUGCAAGGUCCUGCAGAAAUUUGGGGCGGAUGCUGUUGGUAUGAGCACAGUCCCAGAAGUAGUGGUGGCUCGUCAUUGUGGCUUGCGUGUCCUGGGUCUCUCAUUGAUCACCAAUAAGGUUGUGACAGAUUAUGACAGUCAUGAGAAAGCAAACCAUGCGGAGGUGCUAGCGACCAGCAGUCUUCGUGCAAAAGAUCUCCAAAGGCUUGUAAGACAUCUUGUCACCAAGAUCUAGCAACUUCAGUCCAAAUCUGCUGGAAACCUAAGGGUACUUAUUCAUAGUCACCCCAGUUGUUCAGUUAGAUGGGAUUCAAGUAAGUGGUGACAAACUGAAACAUGAAAUAAGAAGCACAUACCCCUGGGUGUCAAACUCUGGCCCUCGGGCUAAAUCUGGCCCACAGUGUAAUUAUAUUUGGCAGAUAAUUGACGAGACACAAAAAAUGACAAUACCAGAUAUACCAGUUAUAUAACUUUUGGUGCUCCUUUUGGAUUCUCAUUAAGUCACAAUGAAAAUAAGCCUUAUGGUUUUGUUUUAAUUCACACCAUGCAAUUAUUUUUGAUAAGGAAAAUCUGCAUAUAAGAGUGAAUGCUGAAUAAAUUCAUAACUAAGAACACCAAUUCA